AUGAAUUUAGAACAAAAUCCUACUAAUUCUAAUAGUCGUCAAGAAUUAGACUCUAAAAAACAACAAUUAAAAGUUUUAGAGACUAAAGCUAAAGAACUAAUUAAACCUUUACCGUUAGAUACUCAAAUUACCAUCUUACAGAAAGAAAUAAAAGUCCUAACUAAUAAAUCUACUAAAACUAAGGCUGAAGAAGUAUUAUUAGUAGAUAAAAGAAAACAAUUAAAUGAAUUACUGGGGGGAAAAAACAAUUCUUUUACUACUAAUGCUAAAUCCGGUGAUAAAACUACUCUUUAUAUUGAAGACAUUAAUUUUCAAAAAGAAGAAUAUGAAAAAAAAUUAGGAACGAUUAAGGAGUUAUUAAAAAAUAAAGAAAAAAAUUUGGAGGAAACAAACUCAGAACUUCAAUUAUUAAACCAAAAACUCAUAAUUUUACAUAAUUCUCGAAUAAGAAGAAUAAUAAAUCCAGCAAAAAAGGGAAAAAUAAAUUUAAAAAUAGCAGACUGUUUAAAAACGAUCAAUAAACUGAAUGAUGAAAUAAGUGAGAUGAUAAAAGAAAAGGCAAAUAUUCUAGGAAAGUUAGAGGCAAAUAAAAAAGUUGUCAAUAUGGAGGAGAUUGGAGGAUUGGAGGAAGUUUUGACAGUCAUAAAUGAGGAAGACCAGCAGGAAUUGGAGGAGGUUACAACGAAUGCUCAAGAAUAUAUUAAUCAAAAAUAUCCUACCCCUAAGGAUAAAGCUAAUUGCAGAGUACUAGACAUUUCUAGUUAUCAUUGGCAGCAUAAUUCACAAGGGAGAAAGGAAAAAUUAACUGGUUCUUUGUCCUUGCAGGGAUUCAUUAAUUUAAAGCAAUUAAAUUGCUCUUUCAAUCAGAUAAGUGAGAUAGAUGUAAAUGACUGUCAUCAACUGGAAAUGUUUAUUUGCAGUCAUAAUAGGUUAACUAAAUUAGACUGCACUGGCUUAGACAAACUAAGGAUUAUCAUUUGUACUAGCAACCUUUUGACCAGUUUAGAUCAUUCAUUUUUAAAUUCUGCUAAACUGAUUUCUUUGAGUAUUAGCAAUAAUAGUUUUCCUAAACAGGAUUUAUCGGUUUUCAGCAAAUUUACUAAUUUACAAUAUCUAGGAAUUGGUAACGACAAUGAAAUGUUCAAUAAUGAUACUUACAACCGCUUUUAUGGUUCCUUAGAUCCUUUAAAAAGUUUAACCAAAUUAGACUGUCUAGAAAUUAAUAAUACUGAUGUAGAUUCCGGAUUAGAGUAUUUAAGCGAUAAUAUUCAAACCAUUUGUUGUCAUUUUGGUUUUAGACCAGAAAGUAAGGUAAGAAAAAUUGCUGAACAAUUAAGUGCAAAUGAUUUAUUUUUUUUUGAUGGUGAAUCUUAUAAGAAGAAGUGA